AAAACAGAGAAUUUUUUGUUUAAAUGUUAUUAAUUAAUUAUUAUUACUUUAUUGAAAUAUUUUAUAAGUUUAUAACACAUAGUAAUUUAAUUUAAAAAGAUUCAAAUUUACUCCUAUAGCGGUGUGCCAAAAAAUAACAGUAGCAUUCAUUAUUUUACUAUUCUGUGAAAUAAGUCUUUUAUUAUAUUUUUAAACAUUUUGUUAAACUAUUGUGUCUUAUAGUUUACUAUUAUUUGAAUUAAAUAUUAUGGGAGUAGCUGGAUCUCAUUUUACAAAGCAUAUUCGAAGGUUUAACGUAAUAGAACGGACAGAACGAGUAAUAAAGAAAGAUAAACCUAUACCAGCGCCACUUCAUAAAGCAGAUGCUGAACGCCUGAAAUACCUUCUUGAAAAUGAUCCACAAUUGAAGGAAGAGCUUAAGAAUAAAAAUUCAACUCUUGGAAAAAAUUUACAAAGUGUUUAUGUUACAUCUGAAGGUGAUUUACCUGAUGUAUACCCCCAAUCAAAAAUCAAGUUACCACAAAAUCGAAUGCAAGAAUUUAAUUCACCGUUUGCAAUUGAAGAACCAGAAAAUGUUCCAGCAGGACGUUAUACACUUACACAAAUUACUGAAUGUAUAGCUGAUCAUUAUAAAGAUAAACAAAUGUAUACAUCACAAGUUCUAGCUGAUCGAGUUAAGAUUGAUAAGAAAUUAAUGGAUAAUAUACUAAAAUACUAUAGGGUAUUUGAUAUGUAUGUUCCUGAAAAAAUGAUAGAAAAGAAGAAGAGCUCAAGUCAAUUUUUGAUUAGUAAUGCGAUCGACAAGAUUAGACAGAACUUAGAAAUAGAUAAAUAUAAGGAAGAACGAAAACAAAUCGGUAAAGAUUAAAGUGCACCAAAAAAUAUUGUUAGUCAGGUGCUUAUUAUCACAUAAUAUGAUUUCUCUAUUGUAAAAUAUAUUAAGUUUGAUGAUAAAAGUA